CAUUGCUAAAGUUUCCGGGAAAAUUCCAUAUUUUUUUGGGGGUGUAUACUCUAGUAGGGUAAUGGGCAUCGAUAGUAAUGCAACAUGGGAAUUGUUCUUGAAUAAAGCAAUUCCCUUGGGAUUACUUGAAGUCGACAUUACAGAUACUACGGAAAGUAAUGUUGUCGGCCCUUCUGCGCAACACAUUUCCACGGAUAGAGAAAAUGUGUGUACAUCCACACGACGCAGUAGAUUGGUCCGGGUGGUCCAUUUAGAGGAGAACAUUGACAAUCCAGACACAGAUAGCGAUUCGGAGUAUGUUCCGUCUGACAAUGAAGACACCGAGGAUGCCUGGGUUAAACUCAUGGAGGAGCUUGCCACUCAAGGACAACGAUCAUACAAACUUGGGGCUCCUUUGGAAGAAGGUAUGGUGUUUGCUAAUUUACAUGCUUUACAAGAUGCAAUCACCAAACACUCGAUUGCGCAACAUCGAUUUUGGAUAACGGAGUACAAGAAAAGAGCUUCAUGGGCUUGUCGAUGUUGGUACCAUGCCAAACAACCACGUUGUUUUUGGCGUGCUCAAUCUCAACAACUAUCCUCUGGAGCGUGGCGCUUGAAGCAAUUCAAUGAUGUUCACAGUUGUCAUCCGGAUUAUUCCCACGGAGGUAACGACUACAAUAUGGAUUACAUGUUUAUUGGUCGAUUUAUCGUUGACAAAGUACGGGUUGACCCGGAGUACAAAGUGAAACUCAUUCAACACGAAUUACUUCAAGAAUUCAACGUUGCAUUUUCUUAUAAAAAAUGUUGGAUGGGUCGAAUCCAUGCUUCAGAGAUGUUACACGGCAGUUGGGAGGACUCUUACAUGCACCUCCCAGUUAUCUUAUAUAACCUUCAAAAUGCAUACCCAGGAACAAUUGUUGAGGUUGUUUACUCUUCACCCCCUCCCAACCUCAAUGUUAUCCCGGACGAAGGACCGCAUUUUAAGUAUGCAUUUUGGGCAUUUCCAGCAGCUAUUAAUGGUUUACAGUAUUGCUUGCCUGUGGUGACGGUGGACGGGACCCAUUUGUACGGAAAGUACAAGGGUCACCUACUUUUGGCGGUGGCACUCAAUGGAAAUCGAGAACUUUUCCCGCUUGCAUAUGUUGUAGUUGACGGGGAAACAUCUGACAGUUGGGCAUGGUUUUUUCGUCUUCUUGUUCAAAGAGUUAUUUGUUCACAUCGGGUUUGUGUAAUUUCUGAUAGGCAUGCUGGCAUUAUCAACGCAUAUCGUGAUCUUCCUGAGCUACAAACUGGGUUCAUAACCAAGCGUUAUUGUCUAAGGCAUGUCCGCAGUAAUUUCAUGAAUAAAUUUCAUGACAGUGACCUUAAACGUAAAGUUUGGGCCGCUGGGAGCACACCCAACAUCGAACAGUUUAAUGAGUACAUGGCAGAAAUCAGGCACGCAAAUGAAGUUGCAUAUAAGUACUUGAACGAUAUUCCGCGCGAGGCAUGGACUCUCUGUUAUGAUGGUGGAAAUAGAUGUGGAAUCCUUACAACCAAUAGUUCGGAAAGUUUUAAUAAUAUGCUGAAAGGUUGUCGGAUGAUGCCAGUUACGGCGAUACUAAAGAUGUCCUACAAUAAAAUGGUUGAAUCAUUUGAAAAAAGGCACAAGAUUGCUGUUCAGUGGAUGCAGAAGAACAUCCACACAACUCCUAAAAUCACAACAAUUCUUCGACACCGCGAGAAGACAAAGCACAAGUGGGUAGCUACAAAUUAUGGUAACUAUCAGUAUAUAGUUAGCCAUACUUCUCGUUCUGAUCCAGGUGCUACGUACAAUUAUAUGGUGGAUUUGGCUAAUAACAUUUGCACGUGUGGACAAUGGAUUGCAGAUGGAAUUCCUUGUGUGCAUGUUCAUGGCGUGUAUCNGAACAUCCACACAACUCCUAAAAUCACAACAAUUCUUCGACACCGCGAGAAGACAAAGCACAAGUGGGUAGCUACAAAUUAUGGUAACUAUCAGUAUAUAGUUAGCCAUACUUCUCGUUCUGAUCCAGGUGCUACGUACAAUUAUAUGGUGGAUUUGGCUAAUAACAUUUGCACGUGUGGACAAUGGAUUGCAGAUGGAAUUCCUUGUGUGCAUGUUCAUGGCGUGUAUCAUUCUUUUCAACAACUUGCAGAUGCUCUUGUUCCAGACAAAUACUCUGUUCAGAGAUAUUUAAGUUGUUACAGUGGUUGGAUUGAACCGUUCAUUUUUCCAGAAAAUUUGAAUGUUGGUGAUUGGAAAGUCUUGCCACCGAUACGUCCUUUAGAAGAGACUCCCCGUCGAGGACGUCGUCAACAACUUCGUUAUCCGGGAGAGAUGGAUCGUAGGGCAAAUUAAUAAUUAUGUUUUAAUUAUUUUUUAAGUGUACUUUUUUAUUAUGUGUUCAAAUAAUUGUACUAUUUUUUCUAUGUGUUUUUUAUGUUGUGUACUUUCUUAAAAAUGGUUUAUUAUAAUUAAUGUUUAAUCAUAUU